AUGGCAAUGUACAUCCUCUGAACCACUUUUGAUGUGGACAUGUUUUUUAAUGUAAUAUGGCGUCAUAAUUUUUGACACCUUCAUUUGACUCUUUCAAUAAUUACUGUGAUAAUUUCGAUUGGGAGUUGGUUGAUCUUCAAACUCUACUUCUCUCUUCUACUACUUCUGUAAACCGGACAGAUUUUAACAUUAUAAGACGCAGUCAAUUUGACAUUGAUAAUCCUACAUUCACUGUCAUUCAGAUAUAAAUAAUGCUAUCUGGCAUUUCAAAAUUCAGAUUUUGCGACAGAAAAUAUAUACUUGUUAGCUAUUUAUCGUUUAAUUGAGUUGUAAAAUUGCUGGUAGCAUUUUGGAGAACAAAAAGAAUACCGUAAGUUAGUUCAAGAAUAGAAAUGUCUGAUGAAUGGAAAGAUUACGAUAAAGAUUCAAGACCUGCAUGUAAGUAUGGAUCAAAGUGCUAUCAAAAGAACCCUACACAUCAUGCAACCUAUAAACAUCCACCACUACAGAAGCGAGUUAAAAAGGAAAAGAAUCGUAUACAUCCCUAUAAGAAACCAAUAAAACCUGAUAUUAAGACUAACGCUGAAAGUAGUGAUAAGGAAAGUAAGAAACAUAAGGAAGCUUCCACAUCAACAAGUAAAACACAAAGCAAAGAAGUUCCAUCCUGUACAUAUGAAACCACAUGCAGUAUACAGCUACCAGAGACCAUAAACUACUAUGAUAAAGAUACAGAUCAUAGUGUUAUAAAGGAAUUGUUUUUGGCAGAUAUGCCUUCUGAUUUUUUCAAAUUUUAUGAAUGUCUGAACUGUAUGGAGAAAGGGAUUGAGAAAACUUUAUCAAGUGUGAAUCUGGAAAUGAUUGGUCCAUAUGAUUUGUUGACUGGAAAGUUGCCUAAAGUGGAUGAUAAAGAAUUAUAUUUGAUUCACUGGCGAUUCUUCUAUGAUCCUCCAGAAUUUCAUGCAGUCUUAAAAAAAAAGGGUAACAGUCAAUAUCAUAUUGGUUAUUUUAGAGAUGACCCUGAUGAGGAUCCAGUAUUCUUGGGAAGCAAUGAUAGUGCCAAGGGCUGUACCAUUAGUAUUAUGUCUGACAAUAUAUUUGGAGCUGUAUAUAUGUACUUGCAAAAUGAAAAAAAAACAUCUCCCUUUAUUGCAAUGGCAUGUGAGAAACUCAUUGAGAAGAUUAAAAAAGUAGCAGAAGAAAAUAAUUAUUCACUAGAAUACAAUAUUAAGAAAAGAUGGUCGCAGGCAGUGACUAAAACAUUGCAUGGAGCUGGGAUAGUAGUGCCUUAUAAUAAGAAAACGCAACUUGGCUAUAGACAUUUAGUGGAAUCUGAUGCAAAUAUAAAAAAGUAUUUCACACAACUUGAAGCAGCAGAAUCUCAAAAUGAAAGGGAUAAGAUACUCUCUGACCUGCAACCAGUAAUAACAUAUGCCAAUAUAGCAGUGGACGAAUGUGACUUUGGUACAGGUUUAGAAAUUGGAAUAGCUUUAUUUUGUUCUGGACUAAAGAUUCUUGAACAAAAUGCUCUAAGUAAUCUAACCUCUACAUACACUUUACUUAAAAGGAUGGAAUUUAUUAAAAUAAUCCAGGCGCAUAUCAAGUAUCGUCGCACAGGAUCAAAUAUGUCCAUGUUGGCCUCUAGUUAGUAAAUUGAACAAUAAGAUUGGAAGGUGUGAACAAUAGGAAUGAAUGUUGUAACAAUCAACAAUAAUGUAACUAAAAAUCUAUUGUACUUAAUUAUUUUGUGUAAUCUCUGUUUUUUUAAGUUAUCUAAUUUAAUAAAAUAAAUGCUAAAAUAAUCGAGUAUUGUUAUGUGGAGAGUUCUAGUGGUUUUUACCUCGAUUUAUAAUCCAAAUGUCAUGAGCAUAUCUAGCCAACACCAAGGAAAUUUGUGUAUAAAUUUAUAUCUUUGCCUGACUCUACAAUAAUUAAAUAAUAAUUUAUAAAUUCAUUCGAAAGAAAUGUGCUGAAUACAGCUGGUUAUAAACAACAAGGAAUUAAAUAACAUAUAA